AUGGGAGACUACAACGACGCCUUACUACGCAACCCAAACUCCGCCGUCCAGGCCCGUGCCAAGGCUCAGAAUCGUAACAAUGUUAUGCAACUCAAGCUUAUUGGUCAAAGUCACCCCACUGGAUUGACGCCAAAUCUACUGAAACUAUUUGAGCCCAGGCCCCCUUUGGAAUAUAAGCCAGCACCAGAGAAAAGGAAAUGCCCCCCAUAUACGGGUAUGGCACAUUUUGUUAGUAACUUUGCCGAGCCUGGUGAUCCACAAUAUGCUCCACCUGUCCAGGAGGCUGAGAUUCCUGCGCAAAGAAAAGCCAGGAUACACAAGAUACGGCUAGAGGAGGGUGCAAGAAAGGCUGCUGAGGAGCUGGAGAAAUAUGAUCCAAACAGUGAUCCAAACAUUUCUGGAGAUCCAUACAAAACGUUGUUUGUCGCUAGACUUAAUUAUGAGUCAACAGAGAGCAGAAUCAAAAGGGAGUUUGAGGCUUAUGGGCCUAUCAAGCGGGUUCGUUUGGUUACAGAUAAAGAGACAAAUAAGCCUAGAGGUUAUGCCUUCAUCGAGUACAUGCAUACACGUGAUAUGAAAGCUGCAUACAAACAAGCUGAUGGGAAGAAGAUUGAUAACAGAAGGGUUCUUGUGGAUGUUGAACGUGGAAGAACUGUUCCUAAUUGGCGACCUCGCAGGCUUGGUGGUGGGCUGGGAACAACUCGGGUUGGAGGUGAAGAAGUUAACCAAAGAGAGCAAUUACAGUCUAGAGGAACAUCUAGGUCUGAGGAGCCAAGGAUACGAGAUGAACGAGACAGGGAUAGGGAGAAAUCCCGUGAAAGGGGAAGGGACGGAGAAAAAUCCCGUGAAAGGUCUCGUGAGCUCUCUCAUGACAAACCAAGGGAUCGUGAUCAUAGAGAUGAUCGGCAUCACAGAGAUCGCGAUAGGAACAGGGACAGAGACAGAGAUAGAGACAGGGAGAGAGAUCAUGGUCGUGAUCGGGACCGUGAUCGGGAGAGAACACGAGACCGAGAGCGUGGUCGAGACCGAGGUCGUGAUCGUGACCGUGAUCGUCAUCGUGAGAAGGAGAGGGACAGAGACAGGGAUUAUGAAGAUGGUGAUGACCACGAUAGAGGGCGUUCCCGUGAUAUAGAUUAUGAUUACGAUCACGCUGAUUCAAAACAUGAGCGAGACCGUGAAGAGAGAGAGAGAAACUAUGACCGCAUAGAAACAGAAGAUGACCGUGGGUGGCACGAACAGACUGAAUAUGGAUAUGGACACCCAAAACUAGAAGCUGGUCUUGACCAUGGGCACUAUGACCACUUUGAACACCAAGGUCGAGGACACUAUGACAAUCCAGAAGCCCCGGGGGUUUAUGACCGCUAUAAAGAAGCUGACCAUGAUCAAAUGGAUGAGGAUGUUUAUCAUUAUGAUAGAGAUACAUCUGCACCACAAGAAAGGGACCGUGAUUACCGGCGUUGA